UCUUAUAAAGGGUUUGAAGCACUUGUUAUGGUGCAGGCCUUGCGUGACCACGUAUUCUGCCGUAUCUCCUCUUCAAGCUAAAACGUGCGUCAGAUUGUGACUCAGCAGCGUAUUUGGGCCCCGUUUUCUCUCAGAAAAAGAAGAAAAAUGUGUUCGAAGCGUUGGUCGGGUUGGUAGGAGCGUUGGCAACGAGAGGACACCUGCUACGAGGGGAUGCAAAUAUGGGAACGGGAUCGAGCAAGAAAUCGCCGGAGACCGUACCUCAGAAGGCCGUCAAAGGGCACGUGCAAAACGGGAACACCAGGAAAACUAUCCCCGCUGACCAUGGGAGAGAAGACGGGAAGGAAAGAAGCGGAGAAAAACGACAGAAACGGGGGUCGAGAUCUCAGAGUAUCGCCAGUGAGCAGACGGGUAGAAAAUCGCCGUACUGGCAGACUGAGAGUGAUUUCUCCGUUACUAGGACUGUGGACGCCGAGGUCAAUAUUCUAACCGGGGAGUUGGACGAAGCGCUACGGGACACCCGGCAGUACACCGGCGGCAGGCAACCCGCCAGCGCCCGGCGAAACCACACCGGCGACUCGAACAGACUUGCCGUCAAGAACCAUAGAAACGCUGCCCAAAGGGAGAACAGCUUGACUCCCGACGGUAGAACUCGUAUCUCCCCGAGGGUGGGGAAGGAUCCCGAGGGCACGGGAGACGACUCGGGGGUCGAAAACUACUCCCCUGAAAUCGACAACGACAUAGAGGACACCCUAGCGCCAUCGUACCAGAUGCAAAGACCGUUGCCAGUGGAUGUAGAGAGAUUUAAAGCCGUCAACAAAAAUAAACAAUCACAAGAUAUCUUCAACAACGAGUACACAACAACAACAACAACAACGACAGAGAACAACAACACCAACGACACAAGUCUUUACUCCAAACAGAGAUUGGCGCCACCCUCUCCUGAUGGGCACCGUAGCAGCAAUGAUCCCUCCCCUGACUAUAUGACAGUUGAAGCUCCAGUGGAAUACAACGAAUCUGAAGAAGAUUUGAUGAAAGAAAUCGAGUCAAACUUCUAGUGACAGAUAUUAUGCAUUUUGUGCCAUCACAAUCAUACUCUGCUUUUAGAUGUGUCUCAUUGGUUAUUUUCGGACUUAAAUGUUGCUGUCAACCUCAUAUCAAGGACAUUAUAUGAAGACAUUUUGUUUGCAGCGCAAAAGAGACCCCUAGCUGUUGUGUUUAUUAUUGCACAGUUCAAAUUUGAAUGUACCUGUCAACAGAUACAGUGUACUUCUUUUAUUAGACAAAUCCUGCAAUUGUGAAAAGUGUAAGUGCACAGAUGCAACAGUGAUAAUAAUAUGGAUUUUAUGUAUAUAUUAACUGUAUAAACAUAAAAUAUUUAUCUAGAGUUUGUGAGGAACCAGUCCAAUAAUACGUUAACUCCCCAAUUUGCUCAGCAAAGAAUACAACUUAACAGGAUACAACAGUAUUUAAAGUAUUGUUUGUUUCCAUGGAUGUUUCCCAUAGCAUUUUAUAGUUACUGCAGACCUUCAUUUUGUAAAUGCGGUCACAUGACCAUGUCAUGCCCAUAUUUGGUCAUGCAGAUUGUAGAGUCACUACUGCAUGAUGGGAAAUCAAAAUAGGCAAAGAUACAAAGAAUCAGGAACCGAUUUUAAUUAACCCUCAUCUUGCUAAUUUAUUCUAUUUGUUGACAAUGAAAUGAUUUUAUCCAUGAUAUUAUAGAGAAAUCAGGGUAAUCAUACAUCAAUCUAAACGUAUAUUGCAAGAUUUUUUCCCUAACUUGAACCAUUUUGAGAACUGAGAAGUUUAUACGUUGUAUAGUACAUAUUCCGUCCGACAAAUUAGCAUAUUAUAUAAAGAUACUGUGUUUGCCAAAAGGAGAUGACGUUAUAUAUCAGUAUUUGGAACAUGCCAUAUUUUCUUCUUUUUUUAUUAUGACGCCUCUUUUGUUUUGUUAAAAGAGAAUGUAUUGAUGAAACGAUAGAAACAAAAUUUUUUGGAUUUCUCACAGCUUUUUCACAUUUCAAACAAUUUUCUUUAUGACUAGUGAUGUAAAAAAAAAACUAGAUUUGGGUUGUUCCAUUUAAAGUUGAAGGGGAUUUCUUCACCCCACCUGCCACACCCCCGAAAAUUGUUUUGGAAUAGCCCCUAGUUUAUCAAUGAGGUCACUUGUAAAAGAUAGUUUGUAGCUAACCUUCAUCUAACAGUUUAUGUUAA